UCUCCGCCUGUUAUCAGCAGCAGCGAGUGAGCAAUCAACCAGAGCGAGAGGAACCGCCUAUCGCUGUAAAAGUUCUUCCUCCUCCCCUCCGAAGGGUCAAAGUCUGAACGAAACCAGCGCCACUGCAGACGGAGUCAAGUUGUCGCGAUUUUUACUUCAAGAGGAGGAUUUCAGAAAGUUUAUUUUUUUAUUUUUUGUUCAAGCCGAUGGCUCCACUGCGGGAAUGCAGCCCUUUUAUUCUGCUGGCGAUCUUCCUAACUCUUGUUCCUGUUGGGGCAGAAGGAAAGGGGCCAGUGUUACGGAGACAGAAGAGAGAAUGGAUCGUAGCUCCCAGACAGCUGUUUGAGAACAACGAUUACACCGGCUUGGAGUAUAUUGCUAAAAUCCGCUCUGACAAGGCCAACUAUACAAAGAUAUUGUAUUAUCUGACAGGGUCUGGCGUUGACCAGUCCCCUCAAGGUAUAUUUCGUAUCGACGAAAAUACUGGCUUCGUGAAAAUCUAUUCCAUUCUGGACCGAGAGCAGAUCCCUUUCUACAACUUAAAAGGUAUUGCAAAGUUCACCAACGGGACCAAAGCUGAAAAGGAUAUCGAACUUAACAUCAAAGUUUUGGAUGUGAAUGACUGCCCACCAAUCAUUAAAGUACAGCAAGUUGGAUCUGUCAAUGAAUCAAGUGCAGCAGGUACUGUUGUGAUGAGAGUUAUAGCGACUGAUGAUGAUGAAGCGGGCACACUAAACUCCAAGAUGUACUACCGCAUUGUGGAGCAGAGUAACACAGCUGGGAUGUUCUUCAUCAACUCUCAGACUGGGGAGGUCCACGUUCGACAGAACACCCUCGAUAGGGAGAGACAGGAUACAUAUACGUUGACUGUACAAGCCUCAGACUUGAAUGGACAAAGUGGAGGAAACACAGGAAGCGGAGAAAUUGUGGUCAAAAUUCUGGACAUAAAUGACAAUAUUCCCACCCUGGAGCAAGAAUCGUAUGAAGGGAGUGUGCAGGAGAACACUGUCAAUGUGGAAGUGAUGAGGAUCAAAGCCAUUGACAAGGAUCUGAUUCACACUGACAACUGGCUGGCUGUGUAUGAAAUCAUCUCGGGGAAUGAGGCUGGCUAUUUCCACAUCACUACUGAUUCUAAGACCAACGAAGGAAUUAUCAUGAUUCACAAGGCCUUGGACUAUGAGGAACAAAAGUUGGUCAACUUGCAAGUGGCUGUUUCCAACAAAGCAGCGUACAGUUUUGCCACCGGGGCAGGGGAGACAACCCAAAAAGCCUACAAUGUCAAUGUCAAUGUGAUCAAUCAGAAGGAAGGCCCCCGAUUCCAACCAAGUGUCAAAGUGGUGACUAUCUCUGAGGACCACUCUACCGUCUCCAUCAAAAAAGUUAUUGCCAACUACGCUGCCAUUGACAGUGACACGCUAAAGACAGCCACCAACGUAAGGUAUGCUAAAAUCAAAGAUGAUGACAACUGGUUGAUUAUUGAUGAAAAGACAGCAGAUAUCAGGCUGAAUAAACUACCUGACAGAGAGUCCAAGUUCUUGAUCAAUGGAACAUAUUAUGCCAAAAUUAUCUGCAUCAGCAACGAGAGUCCCUCAAAAACUGCCACAGGGACCAUAGCCAUCCAGGUGGAGGACUUUAAUGACCACUGUCCGACACUGACCGCUACUAGUCACACCAUGUGCCUCGAGGAUAACGUGAUCUACGUAACAGCCGUAGAUGAAGACGAGUUUCCCAAUUCUGCACCAUUUGAGUUCACUGUGAUUGAGGGGAGCAAAAAGGGGAAAUGGACGGUGGAGCAUCUUAAUGAGACCACAGUCAUUCUGCGAGACCAAGCCAACUUGUGGCCAGGCACGUACAAAGUGGCAGUGGAGGUCAAAGACCAGCAGGGGAAAUCGUGUGAUGAUGUCCAGAUGAUGGACGUAAUUGUGUGUAAUUGCGAUGCCAGCACUAAAAGCUGUAGGUCUCGCACUACAAAGACUGCAGGUUUUGGAGCUUCAGGUAUCCUGCUUCUGCUCCUGGGUCUGCUGCUUCUGCUGUUGCUGCCCCUGCUGCUGCUGUUCUGCCUGUGUGGAGGUGCAGCAGCUAUUGGAGAUUUCAAGGCCAUUCCAUUUGAUACAAAACAACAGCUCAUCUCAUAUCACACCGAGGGACAGGGAGAAGACAGGGACGUUCCUCUUCUACAUGCGCCAGCGGAAGUUGAUCUUGGCACAAUAAAGGCCAGGAACAUCAACACCUAUGAGGGAAAUAUCUACCAAGGACGACUGACUGAAUUAGGAGGCGCAGCAGGUGGAGGCGGUGGCCUAAACACUUCCAUCUUGACAUCCGAGAACAUGGACCUGUACAACCAAUAUCGUCAUUCCAGGGGGCAGGUGGGGAUGGACUACGUAGAUGCUGGGAUGAUGACAGGACAAGGACAACGCUUCUCCCAAUACAGGGCUGGGGCCUUUGAUGGGAUGGCUCUAUCUGAUCAGUUCCUGGGGGAGUAUUAUUCAAGUAAAUCCGACCAUGCUGCUCACCAAUCUCAGCAGAAGGACGGUUUUCUGGUCUUUGACUAUGAAGGUCAGGAGUCCCUGGCAGGUUCUGUAGGUUGCUGCAGCCUUCUUGAGAAUGAUAAUGACCUUGCCUUCCUCAAUGAUCUUGGGCCUAAAUUCAAAACCCUGGCUGAGAUCUGUCAGGGGUCAACCUUGGUGAGAGAAUCCGUGGAUGCACGGGUUUCAUUCUCUCCACCCAGACCAGUGUCUCCUGUCUGGCCCUCCAUGUCCUCCCACACACAUGUCAGUACUCACGCGGAAACCACCAGGGACAGGGACCACAUGAAUAUAAACACCCUCAACACCUCCAAUGUAGCGUCUGGAUCCUCCACCAUUGUGCAGGAGGAGCGAAUCACUGAGAGAGCCCAGGGUUCAGCCACUGCUCCCACAGUGCAUGUCCAAGACAACAUUGUGAUUCCCAGUCAGACGCUGCUCAUGCAGCAGCCCACUAUGUACUAUGCUGCCAGUCCCAUGUAUGUAGUCGAGCCCAAUCCCCAAAUGGUGCUUGUGGCAGGGGGGACCCAGCAGGCAGUAGGUCAAGUUGGGCUAAGUCAGGGGUUGGUGCAGGUUGGUGGCCUGCAAGGUAGUCAGGGGCUGAUGCAGGUUGGUGGCCUGCAAGGUGGUCAGGGUCUGGUGCAGGUUGGUGGCCUGCAAGGUAGUCAGCGUGUGGUGCAGGUUGGUGGCCUGCAAGGUGGUCAGGGUCUGGUGCAGGUUGGUGGCCUGCAAGGUAGUCAGGGUGUGGUCCUUGUAGAUAGGCAAGUAGGAAUGGGUGGAGUGACGGGGCAGGUAGCACAAGGCCUUUCACAAGGGACCCUCUCCAGGUCCAGGCAGGUGUUGUUGGUGGAGAAUGGCUCCUCAGGUGGAGAGCAAGUUGCAAGCUUAGCACAGGGCAUUGGUCAGACAGGAUAUGGGUCUGCAGAGCAGGGUUCAGAGAUCAGAGGUCAAGGUUUUCAGCUUCAAACUCCGAGUUUUUCCCUGGCUUCCCACGGUUCUUCAGGUUCAAAUGAGGAAUUUGCUCUGAAAGCCACACCCAAAUUGAAAGGAAGCCAGAGAGUUGUUGUGCAACGUAAGAAGGUCUCAGUCACUGAGAGAAAUAUUGAAUCCAGUACAAGAGCGUAAAGCGGCCCUUUUGUUUAGCAUAUUCACUAAUCUCACACUUGUUUUAAUAUAUACUGAAAUCAAUUUCAGUAUAAAAUGUAAUACUGUAUAUUAAUACAUGUAUGUUCAACAGAUUGUGAUACAUUUUGGUAAAACUGGUAGAAGGAUAGUUUAGUCUGUUGGACCAAAAUUGCAAUUCUGCAUAUCCUCAUCUUGUAAUAUCCCACCUGCUUAAAGUAGUUAACACGUGGUAUUGACUAUGUGACCAUUGUGGCCGUACAAAGCAUUGGAUUUCCAUACUAAUGCUGUUUAGUAAAAUGAUUCUGACAUUUGUUGAUACCAAAAACUGCAUGCAUUUCUUGUAUGCUACCUGCUAAUACGAACAUUAGUUGAAAGUGCACACUACGCAGUAUUAGUGUCAAGAACAGAAUUGAGACAAAGCAACUGAUUUUAAGAGGCAUUACAUGAUUUCUCCUGUUAAACCGAUGCCGACUGAAAACCUUGGCAAGUGGGAGUUCCCUCUUUCUCUUGUCCCAAGAAUGACCAGUUCUACACCAAAUGACAGCCCUAAAAGCACUGUAUUUAUUUCCGGUACAAAACUCGAGUGGCUUCAGGGCGGGAACAGCGAAAGUAAACAUGACUAGAACUUGAGUAAACAAAAACUUAAAACCUCUGACCUUAUCUCCCAACCAAUGGGAAAUGGAAAAAGCAAACAAAAAGUUUACCCACCCCUACAUCUCCGAUUGUACUCCCAAGUUCCCACAAGGGAGUGAAAAAUAACAUAUCCCAGCACCUGGCAAAUAGUCAUGGCAUUGGUACGGACUUAAAUCUUACUUUUUGCUCUUCUAGAUUAGAGCAACACAUAGCAUGACGCUCAUAGAAUCCUAAUAUUUAGUCACUUGACAAAAGUUCUGUUAAAAUGACUCUAAUUAUACCGUAAGUCAUCUUGACACAUUCAAUUAUUUUGAAAAUGUCUAUAGCAGAGGUAGCUACAAUAAUGUUGCCUUUAUCCAUAUAGGCUUUGAACACUAGAUUCGGUGCUCUGACUACUAUAUUUUCAUAGUGCGGUGUGAUUCUAAAGAUGGCUUUGGUUGUGUUUUAUAGUACUCCGUGCCAUAAGCCGGAAGCUACCUUAGUUAUACUGAAACUAAUCAGGAGAUGUUAAAUAGGUGGCUACUGCUUGGAACAUAUGUAAAUGCUGUUUUUACCGUAGAUCUGAUGAAUAACCAAAGCCAAAGUGUUUGAAUGAUAUAGUGUACCAAGACGGGAGAUGAUAGUUUUGAUCAAAAGAUAACAUAGUCACCACAGACUGUUAACUGAAGAACAUUUUUAUUGUUGUACUCUUAUUCUUUUUACUAUUUCUACUGAAUAUGUGUGUGUUUCUAAAUUGUGAUUUUCUAAUACGACAAGUGUUAACUCCAAAAGUUCUAAGUGCCAAUUCUGUAAAAACAAAAUAAGAGAUGUACAUUAUAGCUGAAGACCCUAUUUUUACAAAUAUAUAUUGUGCCGUAAUUAUCAGCUAGGCUUUUAUUAUGUUGUUUUUAUUGUGUGUUUCUCCAUCUCUCGCCGUGUGCGUUUGAGUGCGUGUGUGAAGGUAACAUAAAUUGGGUAUGGGGAUAGGCAGAGUAAUCAAGGACGAGCUUGCCAAGCACUGAAAACAUUUAGCAGAAUGACUCUGAUAUUGCUCUACUUGCUAUUGAUGUGUUUGUGUUUCCAUCUGUAGUUUCUAAUAUGCUGUAUGAAUAUUACAAACUGUAUAUUGCUUUAGAACAGGGCUGCACUAAAGCAGUAUUGGAUAUGAAAAUGAGGUUAAUUCGUUUUUCAAAGUUCUGCACCUCCUGUCAUAAUAAAAUCAAAUGGAAAAGAG